AUGGAGACGCAGAAGACGCAAAAAGCUGGAAAGGAUCUGUCAGAACAAAUCAAACAGGUAACAAUGGAAAGUCACAUGAGGGCAGAGAACACUGAGUUAAUGCUGAGCUUCCAGAAGGGACAAGUCACCAUGCAGCAGUAUAAGCUUCUCCUCAGUUCCCUUCAUGAGAUCUACCAGACCUUGGAGGAGGAGCUGGACAAGAACUCAGGCCACCCCGCAGUGGAACCCAUUUACUUUCCAUCUGAGCUGGCCAGGCUGGAGCCUAUUGAGAAAGAUCUGGAGUUUUUCUACGGUCCAGACUGGAAGCAGAAGAUCGUGGUGCCUGCAGCCACGACAAGAUACUGUGACAGACUCCGAAAGAUCGGGAAGGAGAACCCAGAGUACCUGGUAGCCCACGCUUACACUCGUUACCUCGGCGACUUGUCUGGCGGUCAGGUCCUAGGUCGUAUCGCCCAAAAGUCCAUGGGCUUGAAGAACGGUGAGGGCUUGUCCUUCUUCGCCUUCCCCGGUGUGUCCAGCCCCAACCUGUUCAAACAGCUCUACCGCAGUCGCAUGAACGUCCUGGAGUUGAGUGAGGAACAGAGGAAAGGCGUCCUGGAUGAGGCUGUCAAAUCCUUUGAGCUAAACAUCCAGGUCUUUGAGGAUGUGCAGAAGGUGCUGAAUGUCACCGAAAAGCAGAUGGACUCCAAAAAUGUGAAAUGCAAGAAUACUCUGCAAAGCUCCAUGAUGAGCAAUUCAUUCUACCGGAUGCUUCUCGGAAUCUUCGUGGCUGUUGUCACCAUGGGAAUCUGUAUGUCAUAG